ACACGAACGUCGCUGCAUGGUCACUACAUCUUUUGUUUGAAUGCUGACGCAGGAUUUUUCACAAUUUUCUUCUGCUGCCACCUUGGCAAUCUUCAGUGAAAUUUCAGUUCUCAAAGAUACAUUUAAUCGUCCUUUAAAAAAUCAUCCAUUCCGCGUGUUAUCAAAACAUGUCGACUAGCGAGGAGAAAGAAUGCAAAGCUGGGCACCCACCUGCACAAAAAGCAGGAGCCAUGAGGAUUACUCAGCACAAGGGGUCCAGCCACCACAAAGAAGGAGAAGUCCCGGAUAUUGAAAAGAAUAGCGUGUUUAAAGUUUCGAUCAGUCCACCCAAAUCAUCAACUGUUGUUUCUGGAGUGCCAAUCCAGAAAGUUUCUGACCAGCCUGUCGAGGCAAUCCAGUCAUACCAUGAAAAACAGUUACCUACACGUGAUGCUCACUCCGCCCAUGCACCGAAACCGGUCAUUCACCAACCCAGGAAGUAGGCUAAGCUAUCUUUUACCCUUCCAUUGUCAUUACUUACAAUGCAUUUAAUAUUUUUAUCCAUGUUAAAAUCUAUAUUAUAUUUUUUUAUUUGAACCGUGCAAAUUUGUUUUUUUGAGCAACUAGUGAAGAGUCACCUAGUGUGAAUAUGCUCUGAAUCCAUUCUGGAAACUGUUCUAAAUUACAAAGUAUUUUCAGUCUUUGGUGUAAACAAAAGAUUUAUUGAUAUGAUUGAAAAUAGGUAUCUAAAAAAUCAAAAGAAAUUUUGAUGUGGUUGCUAUUUUUUAUUUGGACACUACUAAUGCCUCAGGUAAAUGCAGUCAACCAAAAAAUCUGCCCUAGAAAGUCCAGGAAAGGAAAUAAUGAUAUCAAGACUUUUCAAGAGCUUUUGAAUUCCUUACCUACUAUUCAGUUAAUUUUCUCAAAACCCUAGUAAAACUGGAGGCUACCAUUCCUGGUACCACCAUUAUUAUUUAUGUAUGGUGAUUUAGUUGCCAGUAAAUGAAUAUCAGUUGUGCCAAUAUAAAUUUUUAUUUACUCACUGAUGGUUUAUGAGCCUUGGAAGUUGAUCAAAAAUUGCUAGUUAUUGCUCAGCGUGAAUAUUGAUAUGGUUAAGCAAACAACAUUACAAUUUGAAUCUUGGGUCUGUUUUCCAUAAUACCUAUAAAUGUAAAAACUUAAGUUAUCCUUUCACAUAGUGGGGUCCCUUGAAGAUUAUUUUUCCUUCGCGUAAAUGUAAGUUAGAGCUCACGUUCCUGAUGACAACCGCUUAUUCUUCUAGUUGAAUAACAUAUGCCCACAUCAUUUGCAAGAAGAAUCUUAUUCCACAAAAUGGGAAUUAAUGCGUUAUGUAACACCUAUGAAAUAAAAAUAUGGAUCGCAAAAGUUAGUGCUCACAACAUCAGUGUACGUCUAUAAACAGAAAGCACAUGCAUAAUGCACUCAGUCUGUACCUACAUUUUUUGGCUACAUUUGUACUGAUUAUUCAUCUUGUUUAGUUUGAUAUCACUUUGUUCUAAUUGGCUCCCACUAUCAACAUCAUGAAUGGAUGUUAUGAUCUCAAUUUUGAUAAUUCCAGACUUUGUUUUGCAUUUUUUUUAAAGGUUUCAAAUAAAAAACACAAAAUUAACCAGAAAAAAAA